AUUGGCAUUGGCAUUGCAGAUGGUGAAAUGAAAGUCUGAUCAGUAAUACAUACAUAUGUAAAAUAAUUCAGCUUUUGAAGAUUAGUUUGAGGAAGUCUCGUACUCCAGAUACGUCCAUGGAAGCUUGACUGGGGUCCUGACUGUACACAUACGAAGCUGCAGAGACUUCAGUAAAACCACUCGUAUACAGAAAGGCUGUCAGUGUAUGGUGAGGAUCACUGUUGGUGAUAUGGUGAAGUGCUCCAUGCUGCGGCCCUUUGAAGAGAACAUGACCUUCAAUGAAGCGAAACACUUCUCCAUACAGAUCCAAAACGAAGAGGCUCUCGGGGUCAAGAAGUCCAGUUCAGUGAUGGUGGAAUUAAUCUCUUUCGAUGGUCACCCAGCUGUCUCCAGACUCAUCGGCAGCACCACCAUCAAGCUGCAGGAAGUCCUUUAUAAAUCAUCGGUUACCCAGCAGAUGGAUCUGAGGCUUGGACACCAAAAAGUGUGUAAAUUAGACGCAGACCUAAUGUUUACAUACGGAUCCCUCGGCUACGGAUACUCUCACCAGAUGAAACAUCCUGGAAGGACGAUGGAGAAUCUGGUGAAGGAGUCCCUCUUUCUCCGCUGCCCACCUCCUGAGAACAGAAGAGAUCCACACUAUAAUGUGGUGACCCCUUUCAGACCAUCCUCAGGCAACAUCAUGUCGUCUUUGAUGCAGCAAGGCGCACAGAGAGACAGAGAGAGCAGGAUAUCUGCUGGAGUAAUGGACUGCAUGGAGAGGAGAGGCAGGUCAGUGUCAAGCUUCAUCAAGGCCUAAGCUGAGGCUAGCAUGGAGAAGCCACAUAAAGAACUUGGUCUAGGCCGGGGCAAAUUAUGUAGUGAUUCUGUGAAGUAAUUCACACCACAUAAAUGCUGUUUUGCUCAGUGUGAACAGGGCAGAAAGGA